AUGGAGGGGCACGUUGAGCCCAAGGUGGGGGACCCACGCCAGGAGCCCGACGAGGUCAGGUCGGCCCCGACGCUGGACGAAGAGAAGAGGGAGCGCGUGUUGAUCUGGAAGAUCGACUUGCAUGUCCUGCCCGUCGUGGUGUUUUUGUAUUUGUUCAGCUUUUUGGAUCGAGUGAAUAUCGGCAAUGCUCGGUUAUAUGGGUUAGAAGAAGACCUUGGGCUGGUCGGGGACCAGUACCAGGUGGCCGUGUCUAUCCUCUUUGUGACAUAUUGUUUCUUCGAGGUCCCCUCAAACCUCGUCAUCAAGAAAUUAAAACCAUCGCGGUAUAUCGCGGUCAUCUCGGUGCUCUGGGGCGUCAUUGCCACCCUCACGGGUAUUGUGCAGAACUAUGGCGGCCUGGUUGCGUGCCGCGUGUUGCUGGGGGUGAUGGAGGCCGGACUCUUCCCCGGGUUCAUCACCUACCUCACACUCUUCUAUAGCCAACGCGAGCUGGCCUUGCGAACGGGCUAUUUGUUUAGCAGUGCCGCUAUCGCGGGCGCGUUCGGUGGGCUGCUCGCCUACGGCAUCGGGUUCAUGGACGGCAUCUGUGGACUGCGAGGCUGGCGCUGGAUUAUGAUCUUAGAGGGCAUCCCGACCGUAUUGCUGGGCGCGGUGACCUGGUUCUAUCUGGCGGAUGACCCCGACACAGCUUAUUAUUUGAAUAAAGAAGAACAGGCACUGGUUGCGCGGCGCCGCAGUCGCUAUGUCGGCCAGACACCAUCGGCGCAGAAAUUCCACUGGGCAGAUGUCAAAGAGGGCGCGCUGGACUGGAAGAUCUAUGCGUUCUCCGUGGGCCAGUUCGGCGUCGACACCAUGCUUUAUGGCUACAGCACUUUUCUGCCCACGAUCAUCAAGGGAAUGGGGAAUUGGUCCGUUCCUCAAGUCCAGGCAUUGACGAUCCCUUGCUAUGGCCUGGGCGCCAUUGCGUACCUGGCUGUAGCUUGGUUGAGCGAUCGGACCCAGCACCGUGCGCUCUUCGUGUGUCUGUUCGGUGCCAUCUCCGUCGUCGGGUAUGGGGUCCUGAUCUCGGACUCAUCCUCGGGGGUCCACUACUUCGGUGCUCUGCUGAUCGCCCUGGGUCUCUACGUGGUUGUAGGACUGCCGCUCGCCUGGUUGCCCACCAACCUCCCCCGGUAUGGCAAACGAACUUUUGCCACGGGUCUACAGCUCACCUUUGGUAAUGUCAGCGGGGUCAUGUCGCCGUUUCUGUACAAGAACUAUGAGGCCCCGCGAUAUGUGCGCGGCAAUGCCGUGACGCUGGCAUUGGUGGGAUUCGCGGGCGUGUUGUAUGGGGUUAUGUGGUUGUGUCUCCAGGUGAUCAACAAGCGCAGGGCACAAGGGUUGGAAGACGAGAAAAUCACGGCUCUUUCGGAGGAAGAGAUCGAGGAGCUGGGUGACCGGAACCCGCGCUUUCGCUAUAGCACCUAA